AUGGCGGCCGAGUCGCACGCGCGCGUCAUGUCGCAGUCGUCGAAGUCGGUCGCGACGUCGGAAAUGCUGAUAGAAUUGGUCCGCAACUACCCUGUACUUUUCGACAAGCGCCACGUCAAGCACAAGGACAACAUGCUGAAAGAUGAGCUGUGGAAUAAGAUCGGCAGUGAACUUGGAUUGAGUGGAAUAGCUGCUCAAAACAAAUUCAAGAACCUGAAGGACACUUUCAACAAGCAGCGCAAUAAAAUCAAAGACUCGAUGAGAAGCGGAGCAGGUGCAGCUGAUGUACCAACCGUGAAAUGGGCACACUUCGAGUCAAUGAUGUCUCUGAUGGGUCCAGUCUUGAAAGAACCAAUCAUCUGCACAAACAUUGACUUCGCGAGUCCUGAACGAACACCAAACGUGGAUCGACCAAGUACGAGCACAGAGGGCAGCACGGAGGUUGCAGAGACACCGCAGCUGGAGGAUGCCAUUUAUGACGCAAGUUCUCAGGAUGAGCUUUCAGGAGCAGGGGCAUCACCACUCCCGGUAACACCUGCAAUUAUGGAAACAGACAGCCUGCCGUCGGCCGGCAUCCUGCUCUUAGACAUGGCCGCUGCCAGUGUGCGCAGCCAUGUCUGA